AUGAUGCAAUUGGAGUCUCCGAGUCUUGGGGCAGCCGCCAGACGCGUUUGGAAGGUUGUUUGGUUCUUGGUCAGGCAGUCCGUGGUCCAAUCAACCCGGUCGGUGGUGGUCAACUGCUGGGUGGUCUCGGCAGCGCCCCCAAAUCAGGAGGGUAUAUGUGGCGAUCCGGCAGUAGAGGCCUGGAGGGCAGGCCAGCAUCGGAAGCUCCAUUACCCCAGCAACUCGGUGGCCGUCCACAUGACGCUCGGCUUCGGCGAGACGUUCGUCUACCUCAAUCUCCUGUACUACGUGAGCACCCUCAUGCUUCACCGCGAGUACUUCCCCUUCCUGCCGACCCCGGAGUCGGAGCCACGGGGUCCAGUCGACCAGCCCAUGCUGGGGGCGCCCGCCCCCGAGGGCUGGUGGGACGACAGCUCCCGACUCCUCUUCGGCGCGGCAGAGCACAUCGCCGCCAUUCUACACGAGGCCUCCGAGUGUGGCGUGCAUCUCAUGACGCCCUUUGCCGGGUUCUGCGCAUUCUCAGCCGGCUACCUCAACCUCUACGUGGCGAAAUACCCCCGAAUGAACCUGGGCCGCAGCCCGCGAGCAAGCGACUGUCUCAAAAUGUGUCUCGACUACCUGGAAAAGUUUCGACUUGUCUGGAAAAUCGCCGACGGAUGGGGCGGCACGCGCAAGAUCAAAACGAUACACCAUGCAUCCGUGCUCUACGAGCGAGCAACCGAGGACCGGACACGAUACCAGGGGCGCACACGAGCAGACUUUGAUACUCUACACCAGUCUGUCCACGAGUUCCGUGUCGUGGAUAGAUCCGACGCGCAUACUCGGGAGAUUCGGGGCGCGGAGCGGCCCUCGGCGCAGGCGACUUGGCCGGUUCAAGGGCACGAGCACGAGCACGAGCACGAGCACGAGCUCGACACUAAUACCUUGUUGAACCAGCUUUUCGCGGAAGUCAGCAAUAACCUCGACGAGCAGGGGGCCUGGUCUCAAUGGUGGCCGGCGAUUGAUCAGGUGGAUCUUUAA